CAUUGUUGAAACUUUAGGAAUGUCUGGUCUGAAAAAGGGUAUUCGGCAAGACGUAAAGACAAGGUGGGAUUCCACUUCUAUUCUGUUAUAAAUUACAAAGUUGGAGAAUUGUAUAAUUUGUAUUAAUGUUUUUUUAGAUACUCACUGAAUGUUUGUUUUAUGCAGGUGGAAUUCAACUUAUCUUAUGUUAGACAGUUGUAUCUUGUAUAAGCCAGUUUUCUCUCAUUUGAAGUUGGUGGAUUCAGACUAUGAAGACUGUCCAACUAAUGAAGAAUGAGAACAAAUUGAAGUAGUCACAAAGUUUCUCAAGGUGUUUCAUGAACUCACAAAGGUUUUUUCUGGUAGUAAGUAUCCUACUUCCAAUCUGUAUUUUGAAAGAAUUUGUCAAGUUCAGGUGUUACUAAAGAAAGAGAGCAGAAGUAAUAUUGAAUUCAUUAGGAACAUGGUAAAAGAGAUGCAAGCAAAAUUUGAUAGUUACUGGAAGGAGUUGAGUCCUAUAUUAGCUAUGGCAGUUGUGUUAGAUCCUAGAUCGAAAAUGAAUUUUGUGAAAUUUACUUACUCCAAGUUGUAUCCUGAUGAGAGAGAAUUAGAAUGUCAAGUUAAUAAAGUGCAUAGUAAUAUAAAAGCACUUUUUAAUGAGUAUUACACCUUGUCAAGUUCAAGAGCUUCCAACAGUUGUGCAGCUGCUCAGAAUUUGAGUGUUCAAAAUGGUGGGAAUUUUGCUGCCCAAGAAGGGAGUGAUUUUUUUCAGGAAUAUGUUGCAACACAGGAACGUGGUGGUAAUGUAUUAACUGACUUGUCAGAGUUAGAUGAAUAUCUUGGCGAGACGUACAGAGGUUGUCUAAAUUCACUAGACAUCCUAAACUAUUGGAAGAACCAUGAACAACAAUAUCCAGUACUUUCAAGAAUGACAGGGGAUAUUUUGUCAAUUCCUAUUUCAACCGUCGCACCGGAAUCUGCAUUUAGCAUUGGAGGAAGGGUGAUUGAUCGAUUUCGCAGUUCCUUAUUACCUGAAAAUGCUGAGGCGUUAAUAACAACUCGUGAUUGGGAAUAUGGAAUUGGAAAAGAAGAUAUGGAUGAGGACAAUGUGAUCGUUGAAGAAGAUAUAUUAGGAUUUGAACCUGACGCAGUGGAGGAUGGGGCAGUGGAGGAUGUGGAGGAAGUAAGUUCUUAUGCGUCUAGUUAGUAUGCGUACUUCUUCAAUAUAAAGCAGGGUAAUUAUGCAAAUUCCAUGUUUUUGACUUGAAUCUUUUUUUUGUUUGGUUUAUUUUUUCUUGAAAUUACAGAUUCAUAUUGAAUAGUUGGAGCAACUCAAAGAUAAACAUGGAAUAUGAGAAUGUUUUAUCACUUACCAGUAUCUCCAAAUAUUGCAUAGAAAAGAGAUUGGAGAUGUUUUUUUGAUAGUUAACACUUAUUUUGAUUAACCACACAAUAUAUAUUUUGUGCAGGAAGUGGUUAUUAAUAUUGUGAUAUUGUCGCACUUGGUGAUACAAAUUAGAAACAAUGGUAUCUACAGUCUCGAUCUCGGAAGUUUAUUUUCAUUAUUUAUCAAUUAUCAUCAUGAACUGAUGAAGUAUUGCGUAACUGUAACUAAAGUACUUAAGUACUAAAGUAAACUACUAAUGACUAGUAAAGUAAGUCUAGUAUGAAUGCAUGAUACUAUGAUAGUAUCUGUGUGACUGUGUCUGUGUUUCUUUAAGAAGACUAAUUUGUUUAGUUUUGCAAUUUUGAGUUUUUGAAUUGAUAUACCAAAUGAAUUGGAUGAAUGUUAGAUACUUAGGUUGUAGCUUGUAGGAAAGGAACUUUAGAUGCCCUGAAUGUGGAAGGAAAUAGCCCAGAAAUCGAUUUC